GUCAACUCUGCAGCUAGCUUAGCAAUGGCUGGUGGAGUAGGGAGGAAAAAGCCCCCCGGCUCCCCGUCUCCUGUGUGGAGGACGCUUCAAACGCUUUGGCAGGAAAAGCAUUUAGUCCUCUUCAAGACCGAAUAUACCUUCUUAGUGGUGUCCGUCUUGUGGUUCUUAGAAAUCGGGAUUAAUGUGUGGGUCAUUCAGAAAGUGGCAUACACUGAAAUAGACUGGAAGGCUUACAUGGAUGAAGUGGAGGGAGUCAUCAAUGGCACCUAUGACUACACCGAGCUUAAAGGAGACACCGGCCCCUUAGUGUACCCGGCCGGCUUUGUGUACAUCUUCACAGUUCUUUACUACAUCACCGGCUCUGGGGCGAACAUCCGCCUGGGCCAAUAUGUUUUUGCUGUGUUCUACCUCAUCACGCUGCUUCUGGUUUUCAGAAUAUACUGCCGUACCAAAAAGGUUCCUCCCUAUGUGUUCUUCUUCAUGUGCUGCGCCUCCUAUCGGAUCCACUCCAUCUUCGUGCUGCGUUUGUUCAACGAUCCGGUGGCCAUGAUGCUGCUGUUUGCGGCUGUGAACCUUUUCAUCGAUGGACGCUGGUCUCUGGGCUGUGGCAUUUACAGUUUAGCAGUGUCUGUGAAAAUGAACGUGCUCCUGUUUGCCCCGGGACUACUUUUCCUCCUGCUGUCUGAGUUUGGUUUAAUCAAGACAAUCCCAAAACUUGGUCUAUGUGCAGCCAUACAGCUUUUGUUGGGUCUGCCUUUCCUCCUGGAGAAUCCCGUCGGCUACUUGACUCGAGCUUUCGACUUGGGGCGUCAGUUUAUGUUCAAGUGGACCGUCAACUGGCGCUUCCUGCCCGAGUGGCUCUUUUUGAACCGUUCCUUCCACUUCCUCCUACUGGCAGCUCACCUGCUGAGCCUGCUGCUCUUUGCCCUCCGCCGCUGGAAGAGAUCUGGAGAAAGCCCCCUGGAACUCUUAAAGAAUCCUGGCAAAAGGAAAGUCCCAGCUCAGAAGAACACCGUCAACCAAAUCGUGCUCGUCCUGUUUACCUCCAACUUCAUAGGCAUGUGCUUCAGUCGAUCAUUGCAUUACCAGUUCUACGUUUGGUACUUCCACACGUUGCCCUUCCUGCUGUGGAGUGGAGGAGUUAAAAAGAUGGCUCAUCUGCUCAGGGUCCUCAUCUUGGGUCUCGUUGAGCUUUCGUGGAACACCUACCCUUCGACUUGCAGCAGCUCCAUAGCCCUUCACGUGUGCCACGUCGUCAUUCUCCUCUGUCUGUGGCUGGCCCCGCCGGCCCUUCCCUCAGCCCCAACUCGAACGCACGCAAAAGGACCCACGAAAGACAAAUGCCAAUGAGGAAAAGUACAAGUGGAGGUGUGUGUGUGUGUGUGUGUGUGUGUUUCAUUGCAUCCUCUCUUUGAGCCUCAUGACUCCCUCGCAGAGAGAAGGAGCCAUUGUUUACCUCUUGUGCUAAACAUGACGAUGGCUAAUGUGGUACUUUUGGACAAGUACCCACAUCAUGUAGUUGUUUGCAGGGAUGAAGAGAGGAAAAUACAGAUUCUCAGGUUUUAAUUUGAAUUUACCACAGAGAGGGGUUUGAAACAAUUUGUCACAAACGUUUGGUCCCAUCACUAUACCACAUUGGUUGUUAAUAUGAUUUAAAAAAGUUUGGGAGAAUACAUCACGUGAAAUAUUAAGAAAACGUCAUAUCAUUACUUUGUAGUGACGCGAUUCAGCAAAUGAUGCAAUUAUAUCUUAAUCACGCAAUUACAAAGAAACUAAACUAAAAUACUUCCAUGGGAUUGUGAGUCACAAAUGUGUCAGAUUGGCUCUUAUUUGAUAACAUUGCAUCAUGCUUCUUAUUCUGAUAUCUAAAUUUGUGGGUUUAUAUUUUCUCUACACAUGAUGUUACAGUUUCAGUAGAUGAGGCUGGAGACAAUCGUAGCUAAUGUGAUCUGGUGAUGUAAUAAUGAGUCUCAACACUCAUCUGGACCCAAGGAGCUUUCACUGUAAAUGUGACAUUUUAUAAUAAAUAAUACUUACACCACC